UUUUUUCCCGCUCAGUCUAAGAGAGAGGUCGUAACCGUCGCCGAUGCAAGCAGCAAAAUACUCACCCGAGCAGAAAGAAAGAAGCACGCGCAUCUCUCACCCGCGAGCAGAAGGAAGCACGCACUCUCCCACACUUGCCAGCCCGCUGCACUGCACUGCACACACGCCCUCUCACUCGCUCCCCGCUCUAGCCUCGUCCCAACUCCCAGUCCCGCAUCGUCUCCGAAAUCUCUUCAUCUACCGGCGGCGCAAGCCCGACCGCGCUGCCUCUCUCUCUCUCUCUCUCCCUCUUCCCACUCUCCGUGCGGAGUUCUCUUCUCUCGCGUGCUCGCAUAUAGUCGCAUCGUUAGGGCGCGUCCUGGGAGAGGGAGGCCUUCGCUACCUCCGUGGCAGCGACAGACGACCAUGAAGGCGCUGCUGGUGACGGUGCUUCUCCUCCUCUCUUCCACCCUCGCCGCGUCACAGUGGUGCGUGUGCAGGCAGGACGCGUCUCAGGCCGCGCUGCAGAAGACGAUCGACUACGCGUGCGGGUCGGGGGCGGACUGCAACUCCAUCCACGAGACGGGGGCGUGCUACAACCCCAACACCGUCGCGGCGCACUGCUCCUGGGCGGCCAACAGCUACUACCAGAACAACAAGGCCAAGGGCGCCACCUGCGACUUCACCGGCACCGCCGCCCUCACCACCAGCGACCCAAGUUCUUCAGGCUGCUCUUACCCUACCGGUGCAAGGCACCAUGGGAGGAGGAACCGCAGGGACCUCCACAGGCACAGGCACAGGCACAGCCGGCGCUGGCAUGGGGACAGGCACUGCCGCCGGAACUGCGGGUACCGGGUUCGGCGGCCUAGGACCAGGCACGGACGCUAGCAUGGACACCGCGGCGGCGGCGGGCUUGCUCCUUCCCCCAAGAGCUGGUGGGCUGGCCGCCGCCCUCGCCGCGCUUCUCCUCUCCGCCAUGGUGCUCGCGUGACGCUUUUAGUAUGGCCUCGGAAACAUGGCCUGCCUGUUGCUAGUAGAAAGCUAGCACUGCCCUUUUGGUAAGGGCGUUUCAGGAGCACUGUGCUGGACUAUAUAGAGAGAUGCUCCUCUGUGACUGUGACCACCUCACGUUCUGCGUACUCUGUAAUCUGGUAGGAUGCCUGUCUCUAUCAUGAUUCAUGAAGGACGAUUGGUCUGUCUUUUUUUUAUCGUGCUAUUUAUUAAUCGUGUAAAUGUACUAGCGAAGGGAAGGCACUGGUAGCUAGGUUAGCUCGAGUCCGGAUGGAAUGAUAAUGCUACUAAUACAAACAAUGCCGUAGUGUGUGUGUGUAUUUA